AUGCGCAUUUCAGAAUAUGGCCCCACCACGUAAACAAUGCAGCUCAGCGCAGCGGUGAAGCGCCGCCACAUCGGACUCCAGCAGUUAGAGGCCAUAGCUGCCUCCACACAUGGCUUUCUGGGUCCCAACAAAUGGCCCAAGUUGAUCCAGGAUGAAGAUGCCGGCGAUGCGAUGUUGGUUCGCUCCUGUUCACGUCUGCUUGAGUGUAUCGAGCUGGACGGCUCAGUCGGACAGCUGCUGUUGCAGACGGUACAGGCCCAGCAGAAGCUCUUCCACUCUGGGACGGCCGCGCUGGUGUUUCUGGCUGGAGUCUGGAGUAGAGUUGCAUUAGAGUGUCUAAACAGAGGAAUAACUGUGUUGGAUAUCAAAACAGCCAUGAGGAAAGACUGGAGGUGUGUUUGGAGGUAUGCAAACAAUCGGCUCUAAGUGUGGAAGAAGUUUCUCGCCAGAUGACUGCAAACCUACCUCAGCACUUAAAUCAGAGAUUCAGGACACAAAGAGGCAGCACAUGGAUGUUAAACACUCUCAGAAUCUCAGGUUGACACUCAAACACAGCAGACACUUUAAUGUCCAUGAUGCACAGACUGAAAACACACAAACGGCUCUGAAUGACGUAACUCACAUAGCACAAGCCGUCAGCCACCGAUGCGACUUGCAAGUUGCAAUCCAAAAACACAGAAAAUGCACAAAACAGAUCUUUGGAUAUUCAAAAACUGGUCACGUGCCUCAUUCCAGGCCUGUCUGAGGAGAAAUCAAGCGUGUUUCAUGGCUUUGUGACGUUGCUCUCAGUCGAACAGGCCUCUGUGGUUCGACGCCU